AUGGCCUCUCUUCGCACAACUUCGCGCCUUCUCGCCUCCUCGAGGCCGCUCUUCCGUCCUGCGACUUUUGCUCGGACAUAUGCGACUGUCGAGUCUGGUGUUCAGGAACCCGCGCCCAAGGUCAAGAAGUUCCAAGUCUACCGCUGGAAUCCCGACACCCCCUCCGAGAAGCCCAAGAUGCAGACCUACGAGCUGGACCUCAACAAGACCGGCCCUAUGAUGCUGGAUGCGCUCAUCCGAAUCAAGAACGAAAUCGACCCCACCCUGACCUUCCGAAGGAGUUGCCGAGAGGGUAUCUGCGGAAGUUGCGCGAUGAACAUUGACGGAGUCAACACUCUUGCUUGCUUGUGUCGCAUUCCCACAGACACCGCCAAGGAGUCUCGCAUCUACCCAUUGCCACACACAUACGUUGUCAAGGAUCUCGUGCCCGAUUUGACCCAGUUCUACAAGCAGUACAAGUCGAUCAAGCCUUACCUGCAGCGCGAUACCCCCUCCGAGGACGGACUCGAGUACCGUCAAAGCCCCGAAGAGCGUAAGAAGCUCGACGGCCUCUACGAGUGCAUUCUGUGCGCCUGCUGCUCAACCUCCUGCCCCUCGUACUGGUGGAACUCCGAGGAGUACCUCGGACCCGCCAUCCUCCUCCAGUCCUACCGUUGGCUCGUCGAUUCCCGUGACGAGAAGACCGCCGAGCGCAAGCACGCCCUGGAUAACAGCAUGAGCGUCUACCGUUGCCACACCAUCCUCAACUGCACACGGACGUGCCCCAAGGGUCUCAACCCUGCGCGCGCGAUUGCGGAGAUCAAGAAGAUGAUGGCAGCUCACUAG